AUGCACAAGUUUAACCUCAACAAUAUCGCGCAACCACACUGCGCAAUGCCCGCAUUCAGCAUAACUCAGCCUUCCAUUUCAAACUCGAACCAGAGCGCGGAAGAGUUCGAUGCCUUACCUGGACAAUCCACGGAAUAUCAUCCCCCGCCUAUUGGGGCUCCGUCCAACUGCCAUUGGCAUCACCCGCACGUACAGCCCCCCCACCCAGACUUGCCAGGACUCCCAGAGGAUGGGAUGUACUUGCUUGACAUGUACAAGAACAGCCUGAGCUACAUGGUCCAGGAGCUGGCCACAACAUGGACCAACUCUCCAGGGGAUCCCAUCUUCCUGCACCACCUGUACCGCAUCCAAAUAGCACAGUCGCUCUCCGAUCUCGAUCCAUACAUCUCCCUGUUCGGCCCCUGCUUCGAAGACCUCUCCUCCUCCUGGUUGACUUCGUUGUCCCAAUACCUUAUCGCCAAGCUUAAUUCUCUCUUUUUGUACGACACCCAGUGUGCGAGGGAUGAAUUUCACCGGCCCAAAGCCAGCCCCAUUGCAUACGGCCCCUGCCCCUGUACAGGCGAUGGGUCAGGAUCACUGGCCCCGCUUCGCAGACGGCCAACAGAGGCCACCGAAUAUGUCGAACCAGUAGAGUAUGUGGGACAGACUUACCCGCUCUACCACUGCGGUACAACACGCCUCCCCUCCUCUCUCUCCGAUGAUUGUGCUGAUACAGCAGGCUUCACCUCGCGCAUGAACAGCUUGAGCACCUGCGGCGCCUGUGAUGACUGCCAUACGAUAGCGUCCCAUCAUGGCCACUGGCCCAUGCAGUACAUGGCACCGGUAGCCGAACCCCCCCUUGCGGCAGUUCCAUGCGGAGCCAGUCCCCACUGGGCUGCUACUACUCCGCAACACCAGGCGGAGACAGGCCUACCACAGUUUGGCCGUGCCUCAGAUCCCUCAUACCCUACAACGGCGGACGCUUUCGGCCCUAUCAAUUUUGACUCGGGGCAGACCGCGGUAGCCAGUCCAGUCCACACGGACGGCAGGGCGAUGAAAAAAAAUACAGGGAAAGCUUUGGAUAGGGGCUCCAAGUGCCAAGGCGAGAUUCUUAUGUUAUCUGACUACGCGCAGCCUAUGAAGGGUGUUAGCUUCAAUGCGAAGAAACAGGCCUGGCUGGCCUACUGGACCAUAACGAACAACUUUCAAAUGCGGAAGUUUCCCAUUAAGAAGUACGGAUUCCGCAACGCCAAGCAGCUUGCCAUACAGUGUAGACUGGAGGCGGAACGGCAAAGCACUUCAGAGCGUUUUGAGCGUUCCAGGGGAAAGUUAGCGCUUCGGGCCAGUCAUCCCCACUCCCCUUCGGCGACUGCGACAAACCCAAACGAUCAAUAG